CCACCAUUGACUUGAAUGGUAACCGUGAGAAGAAACGCUGUAAUAGUCACGGCCUUACAUCUGAAUAUUAUAAUUCAACUCAGGAACAUUGCUCUGACAAUGACCAGCAUCAUCGUCAUACAUGGACUGAGAUGCUGCAUGGUGAUCGACCAGACCGACACUUGUUCCCGUAUAGGAGUAGUAAGGAGAAUAUCCAUGCUCUGAAGACCUUCUUAAGACGAUUUUAUCUUGUCCUAUUGAUUAUUCCUGCAUGGACCAUUCCGUAUGUUUUGACAGCCCAAGCAGAGCAUGCCCAAUUAAAGCAGGAGCAUCUGCUAGAAAGAGCAGCACCGGAGGUGGAGGAGAAGGGGGCAGGAGGGGGAGAACAUGGAGUCAUGUUAAGCAAGUGGGCCAAUCUAAUCGUGUUUAUUCUCAACUUAUUGGCUAUGAU